AUGGCGAGCUCCACGCCGCCCGCAGCCCCUCCCAGGGGCUGGGCAUCGGACGCGGUCGCGUCGUUCAGCGAGGCUGCUCAUCCAACCGAAGACCGUCCAAGUCGAGUGAACGUCUCAGUCAUCGAGGACUUGCAGAUUCUCGCGCAGUGGGAGUACUGGAUUCAGCUGUCGCUCUUCACGGCGGAUCUCCACAUUGUGGGCGGCUGGAGCUUGGCCACGCCUGCUCAGGAGCAACUCUUUGACGCCAAAGCGAGAGCGUUGAAAGGCCCUACUGUGUACUCAUUCCUCGACCUGAAUGAACUGGAGACGCCCCAGUCUCUGGAGAACAUAAUCGCCGAGAAGCGCGUGAAGGCUGACUGGAGGAAACAAAUCUUUCCGACUGCACAGUGCCGACCACCCUUCGGCUUCGAAGGCAAUCCUUCAGGAACUUUCCACGUCAUGGUCUGUAAACUGGCGCUUGGAUCCGUGCUCUCGAAAGACCGCGAAUCGGGCGAGCCAGGUGAUGCGAACUUCAAAACCUGCGACAUUCCUGGAGAAUUUACAGCUCUCUCGCGCAGAGAAGUCGACGACGGGGACCGCGGAGCAACUGACAAUGGGGCAAACGGGGUCUACCGCGUCUUGUACAGAGUCAAGCGCGCCGAGCAGGUGCUUCCGACGGCAGUGCUGGAGUUUGAAAUGAAGCCGCUCCGGAUUCAGGUUCUCCAGCCGGUGUGCGAGAUGUGCGAGGCUCUUCCUGCGACGCUCUACUGCGUUGCUGACCGCGCGCAGCUCUGCGCCCAGUGCGACGAAAGGGUUCACUCCGCAACGCGCAUGCUGGCCCGACAUAUCCGAGUCCCUGCCUCGCAUUCUCCCCUGCAGUUUGGCUUCUGCCCCUACCAUCCUUCGGAAAUGAUUGAUUCUGUCUGCAUGACGUGCUUCGUGGCUCUAUGUCCUCACUGCAUCCUCAUCGGCAGUCACUCUUCCGCAGAUUUCUCCGAGCAUCCACUGAUCUCCACUCUUGACGCCUACAAGAUGCUUAUGCAGGAUGCCUCACCGAGUGAAGAGGCGUUGCAAGAGAGGCGCCGCCGCAUCGAUCGCGAGCUCGUGGAAAAGCACCGCCAACUCGGCCAGAUCCACUCGAAUUUUCUCUCCGUCCAGAAACGGAUCGACGAAGCGACAAAGAACUUGGUGGGCCAGCUGUCUGCAAUGAAGGAGAGAAAAACAAACUACCUUCUCGCCGUCAAGCGCGAACUCCUCAGCGAAAUGCUCGUCAUCGAGUGGAUGGAGACCUUCUUUGCCCAUCUGCGUCUCUCCCUUAAUCCGGCGGAGUUCCUCAGCUACAAACACAAAUUCGACCUGACGAUGAACGUUUUCCUUACUCGUCUCGGGUCUCGGUCGAGGAGCGACAAGAUGAAAGGAAUCGGCGACAGUGGAACUCCCGACGAAGACGCAACACGCCCCCUGGCUCUCUGUGACAAGGAAGGCGGGAGUGCCCCAGACGCGAAGUGGGUGAGCCUACCCUCCGAGGUCGAAGGGCUGGAGGAAGGGCGGGUCUGCGGCCACACGAAAAUGCCGCGUUUCCCCGAUCAUGCGCGAGACCAAAUUUCCAUCGCGGAAGAAGGCCCCAUCGCCAGCGCCGCCGAAUACAUCCCUACUUUGGAAGAAGCUACAACGGACCCCCGCGCUCUUCCGCCGGAAACGCGUGAGAUGGUGGCUCAGGCGCGCGAGGCUGAUAAGCGAGACGAGAGUCUCCCUACCCUCAUGCAGAUUCUCAGCCCUCUGCAGAAAGUCCCGAAGGCCGUGUGCCGCCGGCUCUGGAAUCUGUUAUCUGACAACAGUUUCCUCCCGCUGUUAACGCUGCUCAAGGCUGCCGAUGGCGAGCAGCGUCGGAGACUCGUGGCUGCUGCAUGCAACCUGGCGAAUGCUGCCUCUGCAGUUACGGACCUCGCGAAUCAUCUCUUUCAGUUCGAGUUGAAGUGGGUCACUCACCUGCCGGCAUCGCUGUUCCUUCACUCGUCGUCGCUGCUCUUCCCCUUCCUGUCGUUCGUCACGUCGAAGGAGAUGCUGUUGCCCGGCGACUUGUCGUGGCUGCACCAGGUGAUGGAUCCCGUCUUGGCGGCUGCAGACAGCAUUGUCGCCUCGGAGAAUUUGACUGUCGACCAGAUUCUCACGGAGACGCCUGCGAAGCUCUUUCGCCCCGCAGGCCGUCUAUUUCUGGAGCGGCUGCAGCGGCUGUCGCUGGCCGACUUCCCGUGCACGUUUCGGGGGCUGCUCUAUCGCCUCGCGGACGCCGUCGACGCGCACCUUCGCGAGUCGCAGGUCGCCACGUUUGCGCCUGCGCGCCGCGUGACCUCGCCCGCGAUCGCCACGUGCGCAGAGACGCUGAUUUGCUGCUUUUUCGGUAACUUCAUCAUCAAGUACGCUCCGAAGCGCGUCGUCCUGGGCGACGGCCGAGAUCUGAGGACCGACCAGACCGGGGACGCCCUCUUCACAGACGAAAGAACCGACCUCGUUGGCCUGCGCCGCAUGCGCGAGAUUGCGGAGCGGUCGCGCGUGCCGCCCGUGUACGGAGCCAUGGACAAGCUGCUGCGGCAAAUGGCCAGUUUCUGCUGGGAAGCAAUCAACGCGCCGCGGCGAGACGGCGAACGCAGCGAGGGGGAAGGUGACAGGCGAGGCAGCGACUCGCUAGACGCAGGCGCUGCCCUGCGGAACGUGGAAGAACAGUUCCUUGCCCAAGCGGGAAGAGAAAUUGUCGACUGGUGCUCCCACCAACUGAAGCUGCCGCGGCUAGAAUCGCCGCUAAAGUUCAGCUCCGCAGUCCUGCGGAAAGCUGCAGACGAAGCCACGGGAGAGUUCUUGCAAUACAUCUUGCGAAUCGACCGCGAGAUGCGCGAAGGAACGUUCCGGUCCGGAACCCCUGGGCUCACCGAGAGAGAUGUGGCCACACCGGCCUACGAGGAACUCCUGGAGUUCGCCAUCCGAGCAAGCACAUAUGAAGACCCUUCCUCACAGGCGCUCAGCUGGCGUUAA